AUUUUUAAGGCUGAUCCGAUCCGGUUUUAACUCGUUCGAUGAUUACUAUGAUAACAAUUGCAAAAGUUAUUGAUAUAAUUAUAAGUCAUAUUGACAAAUCCGAUUCAUCAACGUUACUAAACGUUUCUUUGAUCAAUAGAGAAUGGUGUCUAAUUGGGAUACUUCAUCUUUGGAAAAAUCAAUUCAUUAAUAUAAAUAGUAAAGCGCGCUUCAAAGUUUACUCAAAAAUUCUUUUAUCUCACUUAGACAAUAAAACACAAUCCUUCUUAAAAGUAAAAGAUUCAUUUGAGCAAAACGAAUUUUCUUCUCAUUCAAUAAAUCAAGAAAUUGAUUAUAAUAAUGAGAAUAGUGGUUUGCUAUCUUACGAUUAUAGUAAACACAGCGAUGGAUUUCAAUUUAAAAUUGAAAAUUUGAUAUUUCUUGAGGUCUUAUUUAAAUUAAUUAUGACAAAAACCAAAGGAAUUGAUUUCCUUCGAAUUAUAUCAUUCGAACACGGAAAUUUCUUAAAAAGAGAUUUGAUAAGUCUUAUUACGGGAAUCUCGCAUGAAAUUUCAACCUUUUCGUUAUCUCUUUCAGAUGAUUUUGAUCAAUAUUUGGAGACGAUUCAUGUGUCAAAGUUCCUUAAAGAUAAAAAAAAAUUAAAAAAAUUAAAUGUAAAACCAAAUAAUUUGGUUACUUCUAAGUAUAUAAGGAAAUCAGAAUUUAAGAAAGUUGUUUUUCCUAAUCUUUUAGACUUGGAAAUUAUUAACUAUGAAACCGAAUUAGAAAUUUUUAGUAAAGUUCUUAAAAGGUGUCGUAGUCUAAAGGUUGUCGAUUUUGGAAACAGAUGUAAAUAGCAAUAUUUUGUUAUAGAAAUAUUCUUUACCUUAACAAUAUUAGCCCAAGAAAUCUUAGAAAGUUGAGAGUAAGGUACUGGAAAGUAGAUAUAGAUGUUUUUAAGGAGUUCUUUAAAAAUUAUGGUACUUUCCUAAAUGAAUUUGAAUGUUCAUGCACAGGAGAAGAACCUGAUAUCAGAACAUUAGUAAUGAAUUUAGUGAAGGAAAUGAAUAGAAUUUAGUUUAUUUAUUAAUCAAAGAGGUGGAAUUUCACGUGAUU